AUGGUGCUGCCUUGCUGGUGGCUGAGGGCUGCUGUGGAAGCCAUCAUCUCAACUCCUCCUGGAACACCACCUCCGAACUGGUUUGCUACUUCGAAGAUGUUAGCAAUCCCUCCCUUGUACUGGCGGCAGAAGCUGCCGCUGAUGAUGCGACGCAACACCCCUCCAACUGCAAUCGGCCGUUUUUUCUCUCCCAGCGCUGAAAGGUUGGCACUGGUGUGGAGGUUCCAAAAGAAAUCCGGAAGCUCGUCUCCGUAGUAGAAGACUUUAAAGCUGAAGUCCGCCAAGGUUUCAGUAAAAAAAUCACUCAUUCCACCAGCUUGGAGAUACGAAAAACGAAGGCCAUCAGGGCCCGGAGCACUCUGAGGGUUGGCUUUCUUUACCGUCUGCUUGAUGAACUUGAUUUCGAAUGGUUCGUCAGCUUCGGCGACGGAGUCGAUCUUGUGCGUUUUUAUACGAUCUCCCGCAGCUUUGAUGCUGGAAUCCCACGCAGUAGCAAUAUCGUCAGGAUCUUUGUUAGGGUUUAGGUUGCGAGGAUGAUCCAGCGUGUAGUUGUUGCGCGGUUAAGGUGCUGGGGAGAUUCAGGCAUGGGCAGCUUUAGUGAUGCCUCCGCUUUCGUGCGCAAGUCUUGUGGCUCUUCUUUGGCGAUUGUCUUCAGUAUCCGCAUAAUACUGAAGUCGACGAUUCUUCUCGUACAUCAUGAGCCAGGCGAUAGGUUCACUCAGAUCACCAUUUGCAAAGCGGUUAAAUCGGGAUACCCUGUUCAUCCUUUCAUCAGUCGACCCAUGGCAAUGCUGGGGUUAAGAUGAAGCAACUUUGUUGCUCCAACAAGUUGGAGUUGUCUUUCAACACGUGCUGCUUUAUAUAUUUCCGCUGCAAGAGGAGGCAUAUCUGAGGUAUCUGACUUAUGCUGAUCGAUGUGUACAGCUCCAAAUGCUUGCACGAAGAGGAUGACGACAUGUCGGAAGUGUUAGCAAAAUACUUUCGCCAGUUGCGGAUCGACGUGUUGACUGUCGAAAAAAUUGACGUUUCAAGAGUAUCUUGUCGAACCUGAUCCAGGGCACUGCUGACGUCGUUGAGGUCCCACGGUAAUAGGAGUUGCCGCCUGUCAUCAUCAUCCUCUUGCGAUGACUGCAACGACCCAGAGAGAGAUGGAGACGACGUAGCACCUGAUUCGCAACAAUGCUUGGUGCGUGGAGAGAAAAGGUCGCCGCAUGUGCCACAUGCGGCGUAACCAGGUGCUUGGCUGCUCGAGCGCAAGGAUCCAGGAGAGGACAAACUGAGUAGUAGCUCCUUUCCUCGACCUUUAUGCUGACGUUUUUAGUGUUUAGCCAGAUUCCUCGCCGUCAGGUUCGUUAUCCUUCGCUGAUGCAGAGGGGACAUGAAUACCGUACUUCCGUUGGGCAUCGUGGCGCAGGUCCAGGUGCAGGUGAAGGUGGUGCCAAAUCUUGGUUCAUGACACCACUCAUCGCCGAUGCGACUGGAGGCUCCAGUGCAAAGCGAUUCCACGUCAGUCCAUCAGUCUACCGCUGCUGCUGCUACUACCUUCCACCACGCUACUGAGCGUGCGUGGUGGAAGUGGUGAUCUCACACG